UCAUCAUAACGGUACAAUUUCAUAGUGUCCUCCUCGACUCGCAGUCUUUCCUGCUGGACCUCGUUCAGUUUGCGUGUCUUUUCGUCGAUAGCGUCCUUCAACAUCUUGAUCUGCUUCUGCAGGUCGACGAGAGGAAGCACGUAAUGUUAACACGCCGUCAUUAGCAAAUGGAUACUGCAGCGACCUAAUACUAACUAGCUGCUACGUUAAAUCAUCUUUACAUGCGUUUAACCUGAGUAUGAGUGUGGCUAACGGUGCUGACCUGGCUAAUUUAGCCAGCUAGAACGUUAAGGUUAGCUAAAAGUUCACAUGAACAUACCGUAGAGUCGUCAUGCUGUGAUAGAAAUGUGUGCUCAGAAAAUGCGGUCAUAAUGUCUUGGACUUCGUAAAUAGCCUCAACCUGCUUGCAACAGUUCCAGCAGCAGCCUUGGUAAAUGUGUUUUCACACACCACGCCGAAAAUUGCCAGAAAUCUGCGCCAAACAUUAAAACAUUUAAUUUACAGCUGGUGAUUGAAGUGAAGCUGUCAUUACACACAGUGAGACCUCACAUUAACCUGCUGUUGGAGUUGUUGUUUAUGAAAGAAUCUAACUAAUUUGGGGGAUUAAACUCACUCACAAACAAAUAACAGUAACCCUGUCAUUUACCUGGGAUAAUUAUGGAUAUUAUCCCAGCCUAGUAAUUGGGGACACCUAUAAAGCUAGGUGUUAGUUCAGGUAAAAUGAAAACACAGAAGACAUAUCUGACCAGCAAAGAUGGAGCAGAUUAUCCUCUUGUGCCUAGUUUCAGCAUGUCUCUCCUCUGUACAAACUCAGAAAUAUCUGUUCAGCCCAAGCUGGGGCCCCAUUGGUUAUAAAGACCGUGACGAGCACCGUGAUGGGACAGUGAUGGAUGAAAUCAUUAAAACCAACGAGUUUCAAGCCUCUCGCAUUCUGGACGGCACUACCAGUCUCCGAGAGGGAGACAUCGCUGUCUCCGCUGGACGGCGCUCCAAAGUGUGCUUUGCACGGAGCUGCCUCUGGUCUAAGUCUGUGGAUGGAAAUGUCUACAUUGCAUACAAGCUGUCACCCGAGUACUCUGAAGCAGAGAAGAGCGUGAUCAAGAAAGGGAUGGAAAACAUAGAGAAAGGUACUUGUGUGCAGUUUGUUCCUUGGACGCACCAGCAGGACUACAUUGACAUUCAGCCAAAGUCUGGAUGUUGGUCCUACCUUGGUUCACGUGGUGGAAGACAGACCUUAUCUCUCCAGAACCCCGACUGCCUCCAAACUGGAGUGAUUUCCCAUGAAUUCAUGCACGCCUUGGGCUUUGUGCACGAGCAGUCGCGCUUUGACCGGGACAACUAUGUCACCAUCAUGUGGCCAAACAUUUGGAGAGAUCGAGUGAGAAACUUUGAGAAAUUCAGGACUGACAGCCUUGGCUUGCCCUAUGACUACAGCUCAAUUAUGCACUUUGGGAUGUAUGCCUACUCUCAGGAUGGGGAAGCAACCAUUGUUCCUAAGAGUGGCAAAGACGUAAAGCUGGGACAAGCAUCCACUCUCAGUCACAUUGACAGGAUGAAAAUCAAUAAGCUUUAUAAAUGUGGUGAUGAGGAUGAUUACUAACCAAACGGAAGUCAAGUGACAGAGGAUGGAUUCAAACCAAAUAAAUGAACUUCUGUUGAAAAUGAUGGAAAUCAUUUAAAUAAAGCUUUGAUCAAACUUUCUAUUAGAUUUUUUAAAUAUUUUUGAAAUUGUGUAUUUAUGGGCAAGUUAUACUAAGAAUAUAAACAGGGUUCAAUGUUUGAAAACACAGAGGAAAAGAUUAUGUUGAAUAAUAAAUGUCUUGGCUUAGGUAAUGCUGUAAUUAUUCCUGUGCAGGGUACAACAAUAAAGUCAUGACUUAGCAACAGUUA